AUGGGGAUCUGCAUGGGGCAUGGAGAAGAAGUUGAUGACAUCAUUGCUGACGCAGUUCAACAAACGUAUAAAGACCCUCAUCGCAUAUUUGGAGCCAGGAACGAAACCACAAUGCCUACAACCGGAAACAGAUUUGCUUUUCUGCAGAAACAAUUGGAGGAAGAAGACAAGAUAGCCAAGGAGGGGUACAAGUAUGUCGAUCUCAUCAAGAACCUCGUGAACAUAUCGGGAAGAAGCUUCAGAGAUCUACAAAGAAGUGACCAAUUCCAAGCUUCUUUUGAGGAACAACUUUGUGACAAGGUAAUUCCAGUGUGUGAAGAAUAUGAAGUUUGCAGAUACCGAAGCGCCACUGGUGUAUGCAACAAUCUUUUCCAUCCAACAUGGGGAAUGGCACUGCAGGCGCAUGCGCGAUACCUACCACCCGUUUAUGUUGAUGGCUAUAAUAGUCCGCGGCAAAGAAGCAGAAAUGGAGGAAAACUUCCCAGUCCAAGAGAAAUAAGUAACAAAGUUUUGGAGGGAGGUGCAAACACCCCUACAGACAGCAAGAAUAACUUGAUACUAUUCGCCUUUGGACAGUUUCUAGAUCAUGACUUAACGUUUACUCCAAUCGCUAUUGGAAGUAAUGGCCGACCUCUUGAUUGUUGUGGAGUUGACAUGUCGGACCCUGAGUGUAUUCCAAUAGAGAUCCCAGCCAAUGAUAAUCGGUUUCCUAACAGAUCAUGUAUGGACUUGUCUCGGUCCAUACCUGCCCCAUUUCAUGAGGGCUGCAGCAUAGGGUACAGAGAACAAGUGAACCGCCUAUCCUCCUUCAUUGAUGCGGGAAUGAUAUACGGAGACUCAAAACUUUUCAAUGAGAAUCUAAAUGGACGUGUUGGUGCUUUGAGGACAUCUACUGGUGACCUUCUCCCUCCAGGAGGGGUCUGUGAGAUUAAACAACCUGAGGACUUUUGUCAACUUGGUGGUGAUGAAAGGGUAAACGAAGUACCAUCUUUGAGCGCAUUACACGUUAUAUUUCUCCGCUUUCAUAACAUCCUGGCAAAAGGUUUGAAACUAGAAUCCCAUCUACAUGCCAGAAGUCAAUAUGUUUUCCUGGAAAUUAAGAAAAUCAUGGGCGCCAUUAUACAACAAGUGACUUACGGAGAAUACCUUCCGAUCCUGUUGGGCGGAACAAUCCGGAGAAAUUUGGAGUUGGAACUUCAUUCAUCUGGAUUUUGGGACGGAUAUGACCAGUCUGUGAAUCCAACCGUGAAGAAUGUCAUCGCCACAGCAGCGCUUAGAUACGGACACUCGCAGGUACCCCCAGAGCUUGGUUACAUGACACGGAUGUUUGCUACCUCUAGGGUCUUUAAAACAGAGGAUGUUCUCAUGGAUCCACACGUGGUUGUCACUCAAAACGGAAGAAACAUUCCCGAUUUAACUCGAUUUCUCUUAGCCACGCCCUCCAGAAAAGUUGACAGACAAAUCGAAAAUGCCGUAAGAAAUGAAUUAUUCCGUGACAUGAAUGGAAUUACCUUUGAUUUGAUGUCCUUUAACAUCCAGAGGGGACGAGACCAUGGUCUUCCAUCUUACAAUGAAUGGAGGGAAUGGUGUGGUCUUCCAGUAGCAAUGUCUUUCCCAGAUUUACAUGAUCAGAAUUCUGAUACCAGGACGCGACUGCAGCAAGCUUAUGAUCAUGUUGACGAUAUCGAUGUGUUCGUGGGGGGAAUGACUGAAACUCCUCGCGAUGGCGCACUGGUUGGGCCUCUUUUUGAAUGUCUGCUGGGAAGACAGUUUAAGGAUCUAAAGUUUGGAGACAGAUAUUGGUAUGAAAGAAGUGGAAUAGAGGGAUUCUCUCUAGGCCAACUAACUGAGAUCAGAAAACUAAGUUUGUCUAAGAUCAUCUGUGAUGCACUUGGAUUGGAUAAGAUACAGAGAAAUGCCUUUUUCUUACCGGGAUCAAGUAAUCCACUGGUUAAAUGUUCUUCCCUACCCUCCCUGGACUUUACCGAGUGGGGGAGACACAUCGUUGUUUAUAAUUAGUGAGCACGUCCACAAUUUUCAUUGCGACGUUGACUGGAGCAACUUUUGACAUAAGGAUUAAAGGAUGUGAAAUA